AUGCAUGAUGUUGGUCGUUGUGGCGAUGAAAUGUUUCCUUAUGUUCCAAAAGAGUUUGUUGAACCCCUUCCAUCAAGAAAUGGCAGUGCUGUUGUCAUGCAAAAAUCACUCAGUUCGCGACUUUGGGAGAUUCCAGUGAAUUUCUUCCUCCUCGUUGCCUACGCUAUGAAUGCUGUCAAAGAACAACUGCCUUGCCUUUCGUCAACGUAUACACCAGCAAUACCCACGAAAUGCAUCCAUACGCAAGUCGACAUUGAUCGAUUCAUCAAGACCAAAGCCUUCUCUCGCUUGCUCACCUUUGUCAUUCUUCUCAAUGCGAGCGUUACGCAGAAACCAAACUCGUAUCCAUGCCACGUUUCUCAGCAAACACAAAGGGUGCUUGACAUGUUGGAUACGCUGGAUAGUUGGCUGGCUGAAUUCCCACCUCUCGAUAACCCACAACGUUUUGGUAACAAGGCGUUUCGUCAAUGGCUCAGCAAAGUGGAGAGCAACGUGGAUACAAUCAUGCAGACAGCGUUACCAUCAUCGAUGCAUGCAGCUAUUCCCGAGUUGAGCGUCUAUUUGACAGGAUCAUUUGGCAACGGUACACGUAUCGAUUAUGGAUCGGGCCACGAGCUUAAUUUUCUCGCAUGGUUGGGUGGCAUCGCUAUGCUGGGUGGAUUCACAGAGCAGGAUUAUGAAGCCAUUGUACUCAAGAUCUUUGUCCAAUACUUGGAGCUUGCACGCAAGAUUCAGAGAACAUACACAUUGGAACCUGCAGGUAGCCACGGCGUGUGGGGUUUGGAUGAUCAUCAAUUCUUGCCAUACAUCUGGGGUAGUGCACAAAUGAUUGGUCAUCCUCGGUUGAAGCCCAAAUCCAUCUUGAACAAAGAUACAAUCGAAGCCAUGGCUAAUGAAAACAUGUAUUUCCGCUGCAUCCAAUACAUCCAUCAGGUGAAACGCGGGCCAUUCCAUGAACAUUCACCCAUGCUAUUCGACAUCUCGGCUGUAUUAACAUGGAACAAAGUCAACACUGGUAUGGUCAAAAUGUAUAUUGCAGAGGUCUUGAAAAAGGUACCUGUGGUUCAGCACUUUUUGUUCGGCCAUUUGUUCCCCUUUGAGCCCUUAGACAAUCAAUGA